UUAUGUUUUUGUAUAAAAGAUCACAGUUUAUAUUUUUAUAAGCAAAAGUGUAUAUUAUAUGUGCGUAAUGCGCGUGUAGGAAUAAAUUAUUAAUUGGCAAUAUAUUUCACGGCUUUAUUUGUUAUUUUAUAUAUUUAAUCUAUAUUAAAUUGGCAAUUAGAAAAUAAUAUACUAAUUCUGUAAAUAUAUUUAUUAGUCUCAUUUCCAUUUUUGAAGUUCUCUGAAAUUCAAAAGGAAAUGAAUUCUCAAAGUUCCACUAUUCCGACACCCACAACUGGAGUUCAGAAUAUGCACCAACAGUGUGUUGGGCCCACGACAACUUCUAUGAUGAAUUCUGGAGUAUCUGGAACUGGUGGAACUCUACCUAUAGGCACUCAUUUAAGUGAUAAACCACCUCAAGCAAUACACUAUCAGAUAUUGACAAAAUCUAGACUUCAAGAUUUGGUGAGGGAAAUAGAUCCAACAGAACAGCUUGAUGAAGAUGUAGAGGAUCUAUUGUUGCAGCUUGCCGAUGAUUUUGUAGAGAGCACAAUAAAUGCAGCAUGCCUUUUUACAAAACAUAGACACAGUAAAAUAGUUGAAGUAAAAGACGUACAACUACAUCUAGAACGAAAUUGGAAUAUGUGGAUUCCUGGCUUUGGAACAGAUGAGCUAAAACCAUACAAACGAUCUACAAUAACAGAAUCUCAUAAGCAAAGAAUGAAUUUAAUACGAAGGUCUUUAAAAAAAUACUAAAUAUUGUUAAACAUUUGAUUAUUGUAUAUAUUUAUUUGUAGGAUAUGUUAUGAGUGCUAAAAAUUAUUUCAGGGAUUGUUCUAGCGACUUUAAUUUAAUAUUUUUGAUACAGAAAUGCUUCAGGAAUAGAGUUAUGAACAUUUGUUCACUUUUUUAAUAUUAUUUAUUUUUAAUUGUAUGAAUAUAUGUAUUCAUAUAUUGCAUAUUUUUUAUCACUCAU